UUCAGUAUGUACUACAUACAGUUCCCUUUUAAGCAUCGACAUUUUAGGGUUUUGUGUGCCUGUGAUCGAUUCUAAAGAUGGGACCUUUAGUUGUUAGCUGCACGUAAACUACCACAGUAAUAAGUCGGCCGGUGAAUUUAGCUCCGCAACAUGGCCGCCGAAUUCAUCUUCAGGACUCUCCGGUGGCGGCUGAAACCCCCGAUUCCCCCUAAAUGGGCCCCACCUUCAUCCCUAAUCUCCAAUUCCACCCCUGCCAUAUCCAAUUUACCUCGAAAAGAGCAAGCGUAUAUAGAAUUUGCAGAGCAAGGAAGGUCAACGUGGUCAAAGCUGUUGCUUUUCAUACCAGGGGCUGUGACUUUCGGCCUUGGCACUUGGCAAAUUAUCAGGAGGCAAGAAAAGAUAAAGAUGUUGGAGUAUAGAAAGAGUAGGCUAGAAAUGGAACCAAUUAAGGGCGACAUAGUUGUGUCUUCCAAUGGGAGUGUGGAUUCCAUGGGUUUCAGGAGAGUACAGUGUAGAGGAGUUUUCGAUGAGAAAAAGUCGAUAUAUGUGGGCCCACGUUCGAGGAGCAUAUCUGGGGUGACUGAGAAUGGAUAUUACGUCAUAACUCCUCUUGUUCCAGUCCCAGGUGAUCCUGAAAGCAUGCAAUCACCUAUACUAGUUAACAGAGGAUGGGUCCCUCGUAGUUGGCGAGACAAAGCAUUAGGGCCUUCACAAGAUAUUCUCCCUCCGAGCAGCCCACUGCCCUCGACUCCCGAGGGUCCUAGAUCUUUCUGGUCGCGGUUUUGGUCUAAUAAGCCUGAAUCUCCCAAG